GCUCACAGCUGUUCAGAUAGGCCUGGAUAGGCCUUGCUUGGCCCACUCUUGAUUUUGUUUCAAAAUUUGACGAUAAUAAUUAUUUUGUUCAUAAAUGACGAUCAAAUUAUUCAAUUUAUCAUUGAUGUGCACAACUGUUCGACCUUAGGACUUCAAGGUACUGGAUUCUUUGCUUGGAAAUAAUGGCAGACAUUAAGUCACUGGAGCAUCCUACUCUUAAGGUUCCGUACGAGUUACUGAACAAGAAGUUCAGGGCCGCACAGAAGCAGUUGGAUAGAGAAGUGUCGCACGUCCAAGUUGCAACCAGCGAGCUUGAAAAGGGACUCAAAUCGGAAACGGUUGAUGCCCAGGAAAUCAGUCGAAUCUUAGGCGGAAUGGUGGAAAGACUGCAGGUUUUGAAGCGAAAGGCAAAAGAGAGCAUCACGGAGGAAUUGGAUGCAGCUCACGUGUGCAAGAAAAGAUUGGAGCACUUGAAAGAGUAUGCUUCCCCUCAGUCGACAACCAUGAAUCUGUGGCGUCGACACCGGCUUGACAGAAUGCUAGUCGAGUACUUCCUCCGGCGAGGUUACUAUGGAGCUGCUCUCAAGCUUGCCAGCGCAUCGGAGCUGGACAAGCUGACCAACCUGGAGGUAUUCCUCGUCUCCAGAGAAGUGGAGCAGAGUCUCGCGGAACAUCAGACCGCCAAAUGCCUUGCUUGGUGCCAUGACAACAAGAGCAAACUGAGGAAGCUCAAAAGCUCCAUGGAGUUCAACAUUCGCAUCCAGGAGUUUGUGGAGCUGAUCAAGUCUGACAACAGGAUGGAGGCUGUCAAGCACGCGAGGAAAUAUUUCUCAGCCUACGAGGACGACCAGCUGACCAACUUCAAACACUGCAUGGCUCUUCUGGCUCUUCCAAUAACAACAAAUCUCAGUCCUUACAAGGAGCUGCUUGACUCCAACCGCUGGAACACUUUGAUUGAGCAGUUCCGGCAUGAAAACUACCGCCUCUAUCAGCUCUCCACGCACUCUGUCUUCACAGUAGCUCUGCAGGCUGGCCUUUCAGCUCUGAAAACACCUCAUUGCUACGCCUCAAUCGAAGACAAGAACCCUAGCUGCCCAGUCUGCAACGAGUGGCUGAACGAGUUGGCUUUGACUCUACCCUAUGCUCACUGCUCUCAAUCUCGUCUUGUGUGCUUCAUCUCAGGCCUUCCACUGAACGAGCACAACCAGCCUAUGAUGCUGCCAAAUGGCUUCAUUUAUGGUGAAGUGGCUCUUCGGCAGCUGGCGCAAGAGAACAAUGGACAGAUUGUGUGUCCACGAACCAAGGAAAUUUUCUCCAUGAAGCAAGCAGAGAAAGUUUUUGUCAUGUAAAUAUUAAGUGAAUUGCAUUGGUAUCUUCUGUAAAUUUGUAAAAUAGGACUGAUUUGAAUAAAAUAAGAAUGAUCCAUUUCAUAAUUAAAUAUAGUAUUAUUAAAUUAACUUAGGAAGCAAGCACGCAUUAAAAACAGGAAAUGUGAUAUGGAGGGGUGGUAAAGGAUGUUCGAUAAAAAAAGAAGGCAGUUCCUUCCUUAAUGCUUCAUCUGAACAAACGUUGUAUAAGAUUUGGCCAUUAUUAUGUGCACCGCAAAAAUUUUCAUUUUUUUUAGUUUAUGGAUGAUGCCACAACACAUAUUAGGCUGCACAAAUGAAACCAAAACAGUGGGUACUUGCUUGCACACAUUUUUAGAGAGAGACUUCAUUUCCAUGGACAUGGUAGUUUAUCCGAAAAAUCUUCGAUGUGACCAAGGAAGAUCAGAGAGAGCUAAAUUGGAAGGUCCAACAUUAGCGAGUGACUGCAAGAACAUAGGAACUGUUUUAGACUGUUUUCUGCGCAUCCUGAACAAAUGUCAGUACUUGGAGGAUUUUUUCAAAUAUCGGAAGCUUAUCGAAGGCUUGGAAAGUGUGUUUGAGUGGAUUUGUGGUGAUGGAUCAAAAUUAAGGCAGAGAAUGGGAGAUGCAGAAAUACAUUUCGCAUGCAUUAGUGCAUUGACACAUAAGUACUGCUUUGAUGAAAAUAUCAGCGCAAAUGUUUGGAAUAGAAUUUUAAGACUCGAAGAUGACACCUCGAUCUGCAGAAAUUUGCAAAAGCAGAGGGAGUGCGCGCUGAGUAAGGGUAUUUUUAACCGUUACUCGAUUGAUGCUCACCACCUCUACAGCAAUGCGACUGAAAUAUUCUUGAAUAUUUGGUGCUCAUCAGCUCCCACCGUUGCAGUAGCAAAUGUUUCUAAACUUCUAACUUUAUUCCACGUCAUUUUUGUUCUUCAUCACGUGUGGUAACAACAUGUUAAUUAAAGUAAAUUUAAAACAUUUAAGUUUUAUGCGUUUUAUGCUAUGAAAUUAUAACUAUUAUAUUUGUAUUAAUUACAAAAUUAUUAAAAGCCGUCAAAUAUUUUUUCGCUAUUAA